GUCUGUUUUCGAACGGUCAACAAACGGAUGGGAUCGGAUCGCGCGAUCGCCAGUCGCCAUCGCAGCUCACAAUAGCGAUUUAGAAACCUAUGAACUAAACAAACAGUCCGCCAAUGGUCCAGCAGCUCCACCAGCUUUACUGCUUUACCCCCGCCUGUGAUAAGUGCCCGUCUCCAAACUCUCGCAGUUAGCUCCCUUUUCGUGAAAAAAGAAACACAUAAAGCCAAGAAAAUGAAAGUCCCCACGCGCAGUAACUCGAAAUAUUCAUUCAAUUUGAAAAUAUUCAAAUUGCAUAACGAUAAGAAAACGACAACGACUAGCACCAGUCCACCAACCUCACCUGUGAUCUCAGCGAAACGGAACUCAUGGCGCGCUUCAUGGCGUUCGGCUUUGGGCAGCGGUUCCAAGUCCACCAAAUCCAUCCAACAGACCCCUUCCUUCGUUGAGCCCGAUCCGAUUGAUGAGCUCGAGCGAAGCAGUUGCCACAGCUCCUGCUCCUCCUUGUUUUCCGCCAUACAGAUUCCGCAAGGCGAUGAGCUCAUGUCGAUGCCAUGGUUUGGCAUGGACAUUGGCGGUACCCUCACGAAGCUGGUGUAUUUCGAGCCCAAGGAUAUAACGCCCGAUGAGCAGGAUCGAGAGGCGGGGAUUCUGCGGAAUAUACGGCGUUACUUGACCAAAAACUCGGCAUAUGGCAAAACCGGACACCGAGAUACACACCUACAGAUGGACAACGUCGAGAUCCGCAAGCGAAGGGGCUCACUGCACUUCAUUCGCUUCCAGACCACCGACAUGGGCAAUUUUCUGUCGCUGGCGAAGCAGAAGGGCAUGGCCGAGCUGGUGACCACGGUCUGUGCAACCGGCGGAGGAGCAUUCAAGUUCGAGCAGGAUUUCCGCGAUCAAGUCAAUAUGAAGCUGGCCAAAUUCGAUGAACUGGACACGCUCAUCAAAGGCAUACUCUUUGCUGAUCUGCACAAUUGCACCGAGUGCUACUACUACGAAAAUGCUCGCGACAUUCUGAAAAGCGAGAAACGCGAGUUUAAUUUUUCGCAACCAUUUCCGUUCAUUUUGGUGAAUGUGGGAUCGGGAGUCUCCAUCCUUGCUGUCUACGGACCUGACAACUAUAAGCGCAUUUCGGGCACAAGUUUGGGCGGCGGUACAUUCCUUGGACUAUGUUGUCUACUUACUGGCUGCACAACCUUCGAAGAGGCUAUUCAGCUGGCCACCAAGGGCGACAAUCGGAAGGUGGACAAGUUGGUUAAGGAUAUUUAUGGCGGCGACUACAACCGCUUCGGUCUGCCGGGCGAUUUGGUUGCUUCAAGCUUUGGCCAGAUGCACAUCAAUGACAAACGUGGCUCAGUGUCACGUGAAGAUUUAGCCAAUGCGACCCUGGUCACCAUAACGAACAAUAUUGGCUCCAUAGCCAGGAUGUGUGCGCUGAAUGAGAAGAUCGAUAGGGUCGUCUUCGUGGGCAACUUCCUGCGCGUGAACCCCAUUUCCAUGAAACUGCUGGCCUACGCCAUGGAGUUCUGGUCGAACGGCACAAUGAAGGGUCUCUUUCUGGAGCACGAGGGAUACUUUGGAGCCCUGGGCUGCCUGCUGCAGUUCAACGGUGAGCUGGCUGCAGCUCUUCAAGACCCAGCGGCCGAUGAUUGCGAGGGAGGUGUGUGUCCGGAUGAAACGACGACGCCUUCGCCCGCGGACGAGCCGCCAGAGAAGUCGCUAGCCAGCAAACACUCCACUAGAUAGUCGCUGUAAACGCCACAUGUUCCCGCUCCCGAUUGCAGUGCACAUGUACAGUAGUCCUAAGAUUUAUGAUCUAAUGAUCCUUUGCAGUUCAUCUCUAUGGUAUUUAUCGUACUCCUCUUUCUCGGCUUUAAUUGUUAACCCUGAGAACGCACAAAUUGUAAAUGCAUGAAGAAAUCACUGAAUGGAUAAAGAGUGCCUGGUGUGCAACGAAUUUCUUGGCCCGACCACACA